AUGCCCUGGGAACAUCAUGGGUCAUGCGGGUUUCUCCGCUGCCCAGUCGAGAUCCUGGACCUAGUGUUUGACUUGCUUUCAACAGCUGAGUUCAGGGCACUAGGCCUCGUCAAUAAGUAUUUAUGCGCACUUGUUGAGCCAUACGUCUAUUCUAAAAUCGACUGGAUCUGGCGAGAAAAUCACGACCCUCCCCCAAUCAUACCGCUGUUACGAACAAUCAUCAGCAAACCUCAGCUAGCUGCUCACAUCACCAGUUUCCAAUUUCAUAGCCUGCCGGCCUACCGCUGGCGGUGGAAACAAUUUGCAGCUCAAAAUAUUUCGGUCCCCGUUGCUGAAUUAGCCGGACUCAUUGCAUUCGUUCAGAGGACAAGAGUCCCCUACAGUGACUUCUGGAUAGAGGAAUUAAGCAAGGGUACUCCAGAUGCUCUACUUGCUCUACUUUUAGCACAAUUAUCGAACAUGAGACGUCUGUCCCUUGACUAUAUCUUCUGCCAGCAGAGUAAGAUAAUUGGGAUGCUUCUCCAGUCGGCCAUUUGCGAGCCUGCGAUGUAUAGGCCACUGGGCCAAUCACUCGUCCUACCGUUCUUCUACCUGCCGCACGUCAAACACAUUUCGGCUGCAGUUGAGAACACAGGUACUUUCGCAUGGCCUGUAGCUUGCUUACCUGACCCAUCCAGCCUCACCUCGAUCUAUCUCGCCGACAUACGGGAAGCAAACCUCGGCUCUCUGCUGUCCGUCACCCGCAACCUUCAAUCACUUCGUUGGACUUGGUAUUACGAUUAUGGUGUUCUCGACGCUAUUGUUGUACCCAUUAUCAACCUUGAUGGGAUCGCGGCCGCAUUAUCCCAUGUUCGAGAUACUCUCACAGACUUGACCAUCUUCGCCGAGGCUCCCCUAGGAGGUGGUGAUCAAUUCCACCCAGCCGUGAAGACAGAGGGCUCUUUACGUACGAUGGUCGAGUUUGACAAGCUCAAGAGACUUCAAAUUCCGCUGGCAUUCCUGGUAGGGUUUGCGCAAGACACCACGAAGCGGUUGCAGGAUGUGCUCCCGCGGAACAUCGAAUACCUGUCCCUCACAGACGAGUUAGGCUUUCAGAAUAACGAUGGAUUUGUUGAAACCUGGCCGAUGUAUGAAUGGCAGGACUUUGCUCUUUUGAUCUUAUUGCGGACGUGGCUGGAGGAUUGGAGGACCUACACACCCCACCUUCGAGGCAUUUCGUUGGUUUAUGAAGAAAUGGAUACUAAUCAAGGCGAGUGGCCUCCCGAGUUAAGGCACCAGCUUACGGAGCUAGGCACUCAGGCUGGAGUACGGCUCGAGCUGGUCGAGUGGAAACGGGAUUGGUAA